UGUAGUUUCGUUAUGUGAGAGUUAUUCAACAAGAAUUCCGUAUAGUUAAAUUCUUUUGUUUUAGGGAUUUGUUAACUUAAAUUUGUUUUAUGGGUUCAUGAGGAGUGCAGUUCCAACUAUAAAAGUAAUGUCCAAGUUUUCUGUUCAGACCAUUGGCAGAGUGUCAAGAAAGAGAUUAAUGUGGCGGUGAUCAGUAAACAGCUGAUAUGGACGAGUGGACAUUAAACGAUCUGCUGGAAUGUUCCGUUUGCCUGGAGAGGCUGGACACGUCCAGUAAGGUACUUCCGUGUCAACACACCUUCUGUAAGAAAUGUCUGGAGGAUAUUCUCACAACCAACAAGGAGCUGCGAUGCCCCGAAUGUCGAGUGUUGGUGGAGGUCAAGAUAGAAGACUUGCCUCCCAACGUGUUGCUCAUGAGGAUACUGGAGGGGAUGCGCAACGCAGGACCUAAGAAACGUAACUCUCUCGGCAGCGUCAGACAACCUUCCAGUUUGCCACCUACGUUGUCUCAGCCACACUCCACGCCAGAGCCUACUGCUAGAGUGCUGCCUUUGCCUCACGCUGCCGCCGCGACCAAGAUUCCUAGCCAACCUUACGCUCGUGCAGUUUAUGAUUACCUCUCUAAGGAGCCUGGGGACCUGAGCUUCAAAAAAGGAGACCUGAUAAUGUUACGCAAGAAGAUAGACAACAACUGGUAUCUCGGGGAAUCUGGUGGGAAACAGGGAGUGUUUCCUCUUAGUUACGUCCAGAUAAUGACUCCGCUGCCGAGUCACAUUCCUCAAUGCAAAGCUUUGUAUGACUUCCGCAUGACUAAUGAUGACGAAGAAGGGUGUCUCACGUUUAACAAGGGGGAAGUGAUCACGGUUAUCAGAAGGGUGGAUGAGAACUGGGCCGAGGGCAAACUGAACGACCGCAUCGGUAUCUUUCCUCUGGCGUUUGUGGAGAUGAACAGUGUAGCUAGAGCUCUCAUGAAACUGUCCACAAAUUCACAGCCGGGCCCGUCUAGACUGGCUCCACCCACGCCUACAAUGGAGGACGCCACCCCUCUCAUACCCACGGACCACUCGCACAAUACCCACCCAGCUCAGCCCCAGUCACUGCCUCAACCACAGCCUCAAUCGCAGUCGCAGGUUCAUCAGCCGCAAAUACAUCAACCGCAAAUACAUCAACCGCAAACACAUCAGCCACAAAUACAUCAGCCGCAAACACAUCAGCCGCAGCUACAUCAACCGCAGCUUGCGUCAGACUCUUCCAGCUCCACCACGCUCACGUCUCCGUCCUCUUCCUCCCCCGCCACGUCUAGCAGCAGCACGGCCCCGUCAUCCCCGACGUCGCCACCGCCACCUGUACUGCAUCAUCCGCACAACAGACAUUCGGCAGAGAUACUCAGCCCGACGGAUAUCAGCCUGGACAGUCAGAGCAAUGGUGUAGAAGGAGUGGACAGGCUCCGCCGUACGUCAGAAAUCCCCCCACCACAAGGUUCCCCCCACUCUGCUCUGCAACUACCAGCAGCCUACGUGGCGUUGUACCCAUACAAGCCUCAGAAGGCGGACGAGCUCGAGUUGAAACGAGGCAGCGUCUACACGGUCACCGAGAGGUGUCAGGACGGGUGGUUCAAGGGAACGGCCAGCCGCAGCCACAAGUGCGGAGUGUUCCCUGGCAACUACGUGGCUCCUGCCAAAUCACUGUCAGCUCUACAAGCGCAAGUGAGAGGUCUGUCUCUGACUAUACACAAGACUGCUCCGUUGGUCCCGGUGGCUGUACAACCUCAUCCUCGUAGCUAUACGAGACAAUCGCCAGCACCAGCGCCCACACAACAUAACACAUCUGGUGUGGCUCCAGAGAUGUCCUCCGCCCAGAUCUCUGCCUCCUGGCACGGGGAAACUCCUUCAACCCCGUCCAGUGGUUCACAGUCACAGGAUGGUGGUUCCCCUCAAAGACUAGCUCAGUCCACGACAGUCAACUCUCCGCCUAACACCACCGUGGUCUCACCGCCUCCUAGAUCUACUGAUAAGGUGAGAGACAAAAAGUCUGUGAGUCUGAUGCGAAGGCUGACAAGUAUGAAGAAGUCUCGGUCUCCUCCUCCGUCUUACUCCAUGGACAACCCUGUGUUUGAGGACGGUUCUGUCACUACGACGACUCCUACACACACGCCUCCAGUACACGUCAGGUCGGGCUCUUGUCCAAGUCAGCUGUUACAAGCACUACCAUUGGACGGCAGCUCUCCCCACCAUCGGCUGCGAUCCAGACACAAAGAUCGGAACCUCACUCCCCACCAUUCGAGAGGUGAAGUUCCGACGCCCGUCGCUGUUGCCAACCCGACCGCUACACCCACACACACUCACCGCAAGUCUAACUCACUAGACGGCUCCGACCGCAAGAGUAAACAGCUGGUACCUCCUGUACGGGAACGGUUCCGGUGUAUCGUAGCGUAUCCGCCUAACAGUGAGUAUGAGCUGGAGCUAAGGGUAGGAGACGUCAUCUAUGUUCACCGCAAGAGAGAAGACGGAUGGUACAAGGGCACUCAGCAGCGAACAGGCAAGACGGGUCUGUUCCCGGCCAGCUUCGUAGAGAGUUUCUGAGACCCGCAGACUCGGCCGGUGCUUCUAGAGACGUGCAUCUGAGCCGAACACUACAAUUAACACUACUAAAAUAUAGCUCAAAGAGAAUGGCUCAUACAGGUUAUCCAAAUGCAGGAGAUUUUUUUUAGUUAAAACCAAUGUUAUUUAUGUAGUUUAUUUUAAUUGAGAGCUAUUAUGACAUACUUUAGUCCUGUUUGUCACUUUUUAAGAAGUACGGUAACAUCUUCAGUUAAUUUACCACUUUUUCAAGUGUCGAAUAUCAAACGUGAAAUUAAUUUUAAAAUAAUCAUUUUUUUUUAUGAUACAAAUUAAAUAAGUUUUGGUCUUUUUAUAUGUAUCGUAUACAAAUUUAUAUUGGUCUUAGAAAAAAAUGUCUACCUUCUUGGUCUUAUGGAUGUAAUCCAAAGGACAUAAUUCACCUCACUUUUUAUUGUGCAAUAAUAUAUUAGGCUAACUUCAUAUUCAAUAAGAAAAGUGUUACAAAAUUACUAAAUUGUAGAUGGAUAUAUAUUUUGUUUGUUGGACCAGGGUUUUGAAAUAUUUCAUUUUUAUUUUCAUGCACAGUUUUCAAAAUUGUGUUUUAGAGGCUUUUGGCUAAUUUAUAUGUGUGAUUCUAAAUGUUUUUAAAAACUGUCUCAAUGUAGAAUUUAUUUAGUUUUUACUAUCUGUGAAUUAACGAUCAAAGUGAUUUUAUUUUAUUAGCGAGAUACGAUAAUGAGUUAAUAUGCCAUAAGAGUCAAAUCUACUUACAUUUUGUAUUUUAAAUUUUUCCCCCCUAAAUGUUAUAUUUAAAAGAAAAAACUAUAUUAGUUUUUUUAUUGGUUGUUGAGCAUAAUAAUGAAAUCCAUUGUUAGAAACCCAAAAUAUUUCGCUAGGUUAAUUCAUGUAAUUUGAAUCAUCGUAAUUAGAAUUUAUUUGAAGAUUUUAAUGGGUUGUUUUAAAUUGUUGUUUAUACCUGUUUAUCUAUGUUCAAACAUGCUUCUAAAGUGUGAUUAAAUUUUAAUAUUGUUGUUUAGUUGCAUAAACAAUUAAUAAGGCAAUCAAGUUGUAAGACACUAUGUAAGAUUGUAAUUAGUUUGCUGAUGAUUUCUGUAGUCAAACCGUUGAAGGUUUAAAGAAGGUAAGCAAUGAAGGAAUAUCCCAUUGCGGGUUUAAGACUAAGUCAAGGCUGAUAGAACAAUCAAAAUAGGGCCGACACAGCCCGAAUCACAAAUGAGGUGGGUAAGAAUGGUGCUAAAAUUCCGUCACAUUUGUUUCCACUAAUUUUUUCAACCAGAGUGUUUGUUUUUUGUCCUAGGACGCUAGGCUCUUGCUCAGGGUUAUUUUUCACAUUACUUCAGGCUAGGCAUAGGGGUUGCGGCAUUAUCACUUGGAUAAAAUCCAUUGGUGAUUUGCGGGAUUUGAACCCGUAACCUCCGAGACCAAAGUCUCGUGCUCUACCACUAGACCAGCUCGCUCCCCAAAACAAAGUGAUUUGGAGAACCUAGUUAAACAGCAAAAGCCGACAACAAAUUUGUGAACAACCUAUGUGGAAUCGUUAUUUUAUUUUCUAGUUCUAGUGGAAUCUUAAGUUUUCUAGUUCUAGUAAAGAACUCGUUCUCGUUUCCCCUUUCAAAAAAUUCUAUCAGAUUUUCGAUUGUUGAAUCGUUUCCGCAGAACAAAAUUUUUCAUUGGCUUUUUUACAGGAUUAAUAAGAUGCUUAUUAUUGUUUUAGUUAACUUGAAAGUUCCAGCCACAUUUUUUAAGAUUUAGGUUGUGCACACGCACAGUUCUCUGUCCUUUUUGUAAACCAAAGGCUUAGAAUCUGUGUAUUUAAAACUAACCAAAUCUCAAUUUAAUUUCCAAAGCACCAUACUUGCCCACCCCUAUUUCGCACUAUUUAUACUAUACAGUAUUUUAGCUAAUUGUUAUUAAACUUUUAUACUAGUGGUUUAUACUAAUUACAAGUCUGUCCGUUAAGUAGACACUACAUUUGUAUAUUGUUAGUUCAUUAGACAAAUUUGUAUAUAUGUACAUAAUAAUUUUCACUGAUGUAUACGUAACUACACGUGUGUUCUCUCCAGUGCACAAUUUCAGGUUUCGUUUUACUUAGUGCUCAAUAUUAUUUAUUUGCACAGGUGUGAAGUUUUUGUGAGUUUUCAUAUUUGAUACAACUGUAUAAAGAGUGGAACAUUUUUUUAGUGGAUUUGUUUUAGAAGAUUUAUUUAAUGAGUGAACUUUUUGUGUCCUAAGAUGAAUUUUAUUUAUUUUA